AUGUGCCUGUCUACCCCCUCCGAGUCCUGGAUCGAGGGCACCGGCUCGGGCGGCAGCGCCCCGCGGGGCUCCUGCGCCGCCGUGCGCGACUACUUCGAUAUCACACCAGAACAAUUUUCCGAAUGGAACCCGUCGCUCUCUCUCGACUGCGAGCCCUGGCUCGAGCCCGUGUCAUAUUGCAUCGUCACGAUCUCGCGGUUGAACGCGGCCAGCCCGCUGAUCCUUAUCCCGGGGUUCAUUUCGUGUUUCGAGGAAGGCAGUCUCGAGAUGAAGGUGACGACAACGACGGACCUGACGAUCGAGAAAUGCAUCAAGACGUGCAAGAGCGAACAGUGGCGGUUUGCAGGCAUGCACAACGGGGAUGAGUGCUGGUGUGGGGAUUACGCGGGGAAGCAGAGCGAGGGAGGAUACAGUGGUAUUCCUAAUAUGAACCCAGAGAGCUGGAAGAGGAACAAGACCGAGUGCAACGUCCCUUGCUCGGGUGACAAGAGCAAGUUCUGCGGUGGGAAGGACUUGCUUGCUAUUUUUGACACGAAAGAUCAUGAGCCUUAUGCCUUUUUGUCCACUAUGGCGGUUAACACCGUGGUCAGUACCAAGACUGCUGUUGGCACCACGACCACGACCAGCACCGGCACCGGCACCGGCAUUGUCACUAGCACCGCAGCUGUUGAAGAAGCUCCCGGUGCUAGCGAGACUCGUGCGAGUUCCGGGGCCAUGAGGAACAUGGCCGUGGCGUGGAGCUCUCUUUUGGUGUUCUCUAUGGCGUUGUUUUCAUAG